AUGGUGUUUCCAGAUUACUUCUUCUUUGCUAAAAGUCGUUUGAUGAACCAUAAAAUCGAAACUAAAUACGUCAAAGACUUGGAUCACUGUGAGCUUUUUUGCUACAUGAACGACAACUGCGUCAGUGCUAACUUCAAAAAAGAGCCAGAGACUAGAGGAAUCGCUUAUAUCUGUGAACUGAAUAACGCCACUCAUCUUGAAUAUGAUACUGACCUGAUGACUGAUGCUGAUUUUUAUUAUCGAGGCUCAAAGAACGCGUGCGGUAAAAACCCACCUUGUCAAAAUAAUGCAACUUGUCAGUCCGGUUUCACAAUCAAGGGAUAUCGAUGCUCGUGCCCUCCUGGAUUCGAAGGAGAACAUUGCGAAAAAGAUAUUGAUGAAUGCCAAAAAAACACUCACGAUUGCCACCUGAACGCUACUUGUCGAUACACAAAUGGAUCCUUUGUGUGCACCUGUUUAUUUGGAUUUAACGGAGAUGGACGGAACUGCACAGACAUUGACGAAUGCGCAAGAAAUCUUUCUUGUCAUGUGAAUGCCAACUGUACCAACACCAUUGGAUCACAUGUAUGUACAUGCCACACUGGAUACACUGGAGAUGGACAGACUUGCUCAGAUGUUGACGAAUGUGCAAAAAAUCUUUCUUGUCAUGUGAAUGCUAACUGUACCAACACCAUUGGAUCACAUAUAUGUACAUGCCACACUGGAUACGCCGGAGAUGGACAGACUUGCUCAGACAUCGACGAGUGUUCACAAAUGAACAUCUGUGGUGAGAACGCCUCCUGCAGUAAUAACCAGGGCUCCUACAGUUGCGCCUGUAAUCCUAAAUACAUUGGGGAUGGUUUGACUUGUAAAGCCGAUCCGUGCUAUAAUUACAGAAACCUGAGCGAUGCUGACAGAAAGAGCACUUACAACACACCCUACGGUGGAGAAAAAUGUGACGACGAUUCCUCAUCCAUAAUAUUCGGGAAAUGGUAUCGUUUCGUGGGAGAUGCAGGAACAAAAAUGCCAACACAGUGCGUACCGGAUAAUAGAUGUGGUGCGGUCUUCUCAGGCUGGCUAAAAGGUGGUCACCCCACAUUGGCAGAUGGUGAGGUUUCUUCAAAGGUCUGCUUUACCAGAGGUGGAGAUUGUUGCGAGAGAUCAGUUGGCAUAAAAGUGAAAGACUGCGGAUCCUACUUUAUUUACAAACUACAAAAGCCACCUAGAUGUGCCUCGCGCUACUGUGGCACAGACUAAAUGUUAUGAGCAAGUCAUUCUGCACGGUGAAAGGAUUCACAAAUCAAUUUAUUGGCACGCACAUGUACAUCAAUGAUAACAGGGAAUUAGCUUUAAGAAUUUCACAUGAUCCAGUUUUAUGGUAAAUGUUAAACAGUGAGCAGUUUCCACACAAGAGUACCAUUGGACCGCGUAGUUUGGUCUUCCAUAUGAGAGGACUCUUAAAAAUUGUGGCUGAAGGUAGUGAGUAAUAGUGACUGACAUUUUUAAAACCUCGGCUGAAAUCGUCAUCAGAGUCAACUGAACAAUUGUUGUUUAUCCGAGUAUUAGAACAGAUUAUUAAUAUUAUCUAGGUUUGAUUAGAUAAUAAUCUCGACUUUUUUAAUGAGCUUUCCUUUAGAAUUUAUGAAGACGAAUUUCUGAGAGAAACAAGUUGAUCAAUUCUCCCUUUAGUCAGUUAUUUGAUAGAAAAGAUCUUUUCAAGAAAUCCCACAGAAUUGGUAUCUCUAAGACAAAAU